AUGCCUACUAGAACCGCAGAGAUGAACGGCGGCCAAGGCGCACUGCUUGACCGGCUCUCGAUCCCGGAGCCCCGCCCCGGCCCCGUUCCAAAGAUCUCAGGAAUGAAGGCUGUCGCGUCGUACAAUUGGAAGGAGGGGAAGAAUCCCGUAAUCAUCGUUCCAGGCUCGCCUCCCCACUGGAAACCCACCCAGCUCCCCUUCACCGUCGGCGACGACACCGACCCGGAAUACAUCAACCUCAACGGCGCCAAAUCCCCCUCGUCGGCCUUCGAACCCCUCCUCCGCGCCCUCCAGCUCACAUCCCCAACCUAUCCCCUCCAUCAGGUCGACAUCGUAACCGACCGCAACAACCUGCGUAAACUCCUCCGCUGGCUCUCGCGCGCGCACGACCUCACACCAUUCCGAAUAGACGCGGAGCUGGCGGGCAAGGGCACGGUGCUCCUGACGAGGCGUGAGGAGCGGGACGUGGAUCUGGAGGCCAGGUUCAGAGGCUUCGGCCACAAUUUCGCAAAGAGCUACGACUUUGGGAAUCUGGCAAUGCUCGUCCGCUCCCACAUCGACGCCAUGGACGCCCCGCCCGGCCCCGCCGCCGUUGAGGACCUCACGUUGCGGUUCGAAGACCUCUCCGUUAACCUCACCGCCUUUUCCAACCCGCCCUCGCAGUUAAGCUACAUCAAAACCGGCCCUCCGGUUGUGGAAGCGUGGAAGUUGAUGGAGAUCAAGACCCGAGCGGAAUGGAAGCGUGACUCGCUGGACUGGGACGAGAUCUACCCGCAGCUUCUGCUGAGCGGCACCCCAAUGCUUGUGCUCGGUCUACACCAGCGGGGCACGUUUGGUACGAUUGAGCAGAUCCAUGUGACGGAGAUUGCUAAGAAGCAGUCCAAGACCGCGGAGGAGGCGAUGAAGGGGUUGAAAGCUGUUUUGGCAGAGAUGAAGACGGGGAGGAAGUUGGCGUUUGUGUGUGAUGAGCAGGGGGAGAUGAAGGUUUAUGAGCGUACAGUCGUGGAUCCGAAGAGGGAAUUGGCGAAGGAGUUGUUGGAGAGGUUUUGGGCGCCCGAGGAGGAGGGAGAUGGGGAGAGUGAGGAGGAGGAGGGCGAGGAGAGUGAGGACGGGGCGGAUACGAGCGAGUUUGAGGAGAUGGUGAGGCGGGAAAAGGCUAAGUGUUUUGAGUAG